GUUGCGCGGCGCAGGAGCCGCCGCCAACAGAGGGCCGGGCGCAUUCGGCCGCAGCCUGGGCGGGCUCAGGGCCAAGCGGACAGGGGGGGGGCCCGGGCCUCUCGGGAGGCCGCGGCCACUCCCCUCCCCCCCGGACCGGCGCGGCGGGGGAGGCGGAGGAUGGAAACACCCUUCUACGGCGAUGAGGCGCUAAGCGGCCUGGGCGGCGGCGGCAGUGGCAGUGGCGGCGGUGGCAGCUUCGCGUCCUCGGGUCGCCUGUUCCCCGGGGCGCCCCCGACGGCAGUGGCCAGCAGCAUGAUGAAGAAGGAUGCGCUGACGCUAAGCCUGAGCGAGCAGGUGGCAGCGGCGCUCAAGCCCGCGGCCGCGCCGCCCCCGGCCCCCCUGCGCACCGACGGCGCCCCUGGUGCGGCGCCCCCCGACGGCCUGCUCGCCUCGCCGGACCUGGGGCUGCUCAAGCUCGCCUCGCCAGAACUCGAACGCCUCAUCAUCCAGUCCAACGGGCUGGUCACCACCACGCCGACGAGCACGCAAUUUCUCUACCCCAAGGUGGCGGCCAGCGAGGAGCAGGAAUUCUCCGUGGGCUUCGCCAUGUCCUUGGAGGACUUACUCAAGCAGAACCAGCUGUGAGCUGGCGCAGUCUCCAGCUGCCGAGAGGCCAGGUAA